AUGCCAAGGCUUAUCGUAAAGCAAGACUGGGAUUUGUGCGUCCAUAAGCGAGGUCUACUGGACGUCAUGGAUUUCUUGUACAAGAAGCUGUGGUCCUUCCUCGACAGCAAGUCAGCAUUGCCGGAAGGAGGGAGCAGCGAUCCUUAUCUUGCAGCGCUGAGGCUAUGGAAGCAUUUCCAAAGUAUAUAUGCCGCAAAGGCCGAUCAGGACGAAUUCAAGGCCACCCUUUCACAGCCGCAGGUCAGGUCAUGGGUCAUUUUGAAUCAUUGGUGGAAUGCUCAUCUUCACCCGAAAAAGCCGGAAGAGGACGAAGCUACAGUUGCUCUGCUCAAAGCUGCACAGGCAAGGCAGGAUGAGCACCCUGAAAAUGGCGACCGAGCAGGCUAUCAAAGCCUUCUUGCACAUUUGUUCGUCGCUGAAAUGGUCAUCUACCAACAAAUCAGGCAGCUAGAUGCGCUGCCUCUCUCGAAUCUACCCCCGAGAGCGCAGCAAAUCAUCAAGCAAAUCGGUGACAAGGUGACUUUGGCAAGACAACGCGCUCUCAAGCAGGCUGUAUGGCAAGCGCUUGGGCAACGCUCAUAUCAGAUACUGUCAGGUGGUGCAUCAGAAGCUCAGGGGAUGACUCACAUAGGAUCCACGCUGGAGCCCUGUCCAUGGCUGAGAUUUGAAGACCGAGCAACUUUAAGGAGACCAGCUUAUUUGUGGGAUAGACAGGCCCAGAAGUCAGUCAAAGUCAGGGAUAUCGUCGAUCGAAGCCUGAAGUACUAUUGCGUUAGCCAUACAUGGGGCCGUUGGCGCAGAAAAGCAAUUCAAAUUACUGGCGUAGAAUGGGCUGUGCCCACGAAUUCUCGAUUCAGAGUCGAAGACCUGCCUGCAAUUUUCCAACGCCUUGAUUGGCCCGUGCGGUAUAUCUGGUUUGAUCUGUUCUGCAUUCCUCAAGUAGAGUGUGCUGAACAAGCCGAAGAAAUUGGAAAGCAAGCUGAGAUAUUUCGCCAGGCGGAAUGCAGUGUCAUAUGGAUGCAUGAUGUUGUCGGAUGGAAGCUUCUCGAGCUAUGCUUAUCCUGGCUGGGCUUGAACCAUUUGCACCGCAAUGAUCCGCUUGAUAUUGGAGUUCGGAAUUGUUUGGAGGAUCUCAGUAAGCAGCUGAACGAAACUCUUCCCUCUCUUCCGUCGGAUGAAUCUCUUAAUCCAUGGGCUCCAGUGCCAGAGGACGAUUCGACCUCGGCCGAGGACGUCGCAUUUCAUAAGAAGAAUCCAGGAUCACGGUGGUUCUCAUCACUUUGGACGUUGCAAGAGGCCUACCUGCGCCCUUCGUCCCUUCUCGUUGACAGAGAUUGGAAUUUUCUCAGUAUAGGCAAGACAGCGUUGAUCACCUUGGACAACCUCGCUAGUCUAGCCUACGGACCUCCUUCAGAAGUCGCCGAAUCGAAGGAAAGACCUAAAGCUAUAGAGGUGCUACUGUUCACUAUGAAGAGAUGGGAGCUGACCGACUUGUCGUCUCCGAGUCGAAUGUCCCUUCUCGUUGCUGCUGAAUCUCGUCAGUCAACCAGCCCAAGAGCUGAAGCAAUCAUGUCUGCUUUAGGAAUCACUGAUUGGUUUGAGCGCUACCGGAAACAGCAUGGUAAAGCGCCUCCUCAGAAAGAUCUUGUGUUCAAUCAGUAUCCCUUAGACUUUCUUCAAGAGGCACAACGUAAGAUUGGCGGGUCCUUCUUCCUUCAUGGGCGUCUUCCACAGAAUACGUUUCAAGACGCGGAGAGUGGGGAAUCGUUUGGGACAAUGCUCCCCUUGGCCCAUAAUCCAAAGUUCUGGCAGGUUGCUCAAGCAUUCACUUUCCCUGCAAGUGAGUGGACAAUGUCGCUCACAGACCAUUGGGAGAUACAACUCGAUGGAUCCGUGAUAAUGAAGGAAGCUGCUGCCCUGUACAGUAACAAGGAUGAGUUGUCGUCCGCUGAUGGUGGGCCAGUGACCAUCUCAACUCCCGAGGGAUACGUACCUUUUGAUUCGUUUAAUGCGUGGGCUUCACAGCUUCCUGAGGCCCCCUAUCGUUUCGCCGUGGCUGUUGUACGUUACAACUACCGUCAAUUUGGCAUCAUCCUUGAAGGUAUCGAAUCUCCAGCUCGUGAUGGUAGCAUUGUCCUGGUGAAGACGGCCAUUUUCUUCACAAACGAGCGGUGGUGCCGGGAGGAUUUGGUCAAACCUACGCCCGUUCAUUGGCGCGUGCUUUGA